AUGCCCGCGAAAGCUGUCUCUACCCGCCUUAACCCGGUCCGUCUGCAGUCCAUCCCUCACCUGCGCGUCCGGCGUCCGAACACCAAUGAGCCGAAUACCUGCGUUGCGGUGAUGUCGUCUAUGCUGAGCUGCUGGGCAUCCCAGGGCUACACCCACGAGGGAUGCGCCGUUCUCGAACAACAAUUGAGAUCUUGCAUGGAUGCUCCUAAACCCAAGUCCCAGAAGCGCAACCCCAUCAACUACCACCUCAUGAGAAUGUUCCCCAAGGUCGUCGGUCCCAAGAAGAAGGACGGUGUGUUGGGUUAA